GGCUCCUGUGUGCUUCAACACUCUAGAUGUUUGGCUGAAGGACAAACAUGUCUCCAUCAUGGCUUUGAUGGUUGAUCAUGGGGUUUGUUGCAACAUGAAACUAUCAGGAGACUGGAAACUGCCUGAAGCUCAGAGCUGACGUGUUUUAGAGGUCAUGUUUGUAUCAGUUUAUCUGAAAUGUUCCGCUCUGACCCACCUCCUCCUGACGGCUCCACAUAAAACCGAGAGGUGGCGUCAGGAGGACCACAGGCUCCAGCAGCUCCAGCAGCACCGCCGAGUCCUCCGCAGAAGAGAAGCCGCUCCUCAGCACCUUUCCUCGGGUCAGACGCAGCCGAACCUCCGGCCUGCAGCAUGCCGCCUGCAGCAGACCUGGGCCGGGCCCUGGUCAUCAUCACCGGGGCCUCCAGAGGCUUCGGCCGGGCCGUGGCCCAGGACGUGUCCCGGGCGGUGAGGCCCGGUUCGGCGCUGGUUCUGGCGGCCCGCUCCGGUAAGGAGCUGCGGGCUCUGCGGGAGGAGCUGACCGAGUCCGAGGCGGGCAGGGCCGGCCUGAAGGUGGAGGUGGUGACGGCGGACGUUGGACGGACGGAGGACCUGGAGGACCUCCUGAGGAGGUCCGAACAGGUCUUCACCGAAGACAUGGACCACCUGGUUCUGGUCAACAACGCUGCAUCUCUGGGGGACGUGUCCCGCUACACCCGGGACUUCACGGACCCGGGCGAGGUGGACUCGUACCUGUCCCUGAACGUGAGCUCGGCGCUGUGCCUCACGGCCCGGGUUCUGCGGGCCUUCCCUCAGAGAGCGGGUCUGAGGAGGACCGUGGUCAACGUCUCGUCUCUCUGCGCCCUGCAGCCCUUCCCCUCCUGGGUUCUGUACUGCACCGGCAAGGCGGCCCGGGACAUGGCCUUCAGGGUCCUGGCUGAGGAGGAACCGGACCUGCGGGUUCUCAGCUACGCCCCAGGACCUCUGGACACGUCCAUGCAGGUGGAGGCCCGGUCCAAUACGGCCGACCCGAAACUGAAGAAGACCAUAUCGGACCUGUCGGCUCAGAACCAGCUGCUCAGCUGUGAGGAGUCCUGCUCCAAACUCAUGAAGGUUCUGCUGGAGGACCGGUUCACGUCAGGAGCUCACAUCGACGUGUUCGACGUGUAGACGGGUCGGUCCAGACGGGUCGGUCCAGACYGGUCGGUCCAGACGGGACGGUCCUGACGGGACGGUCCAGACGGGUCGGUCCAGACCAGUUAUUCACCGGUACUGAUCCAAACCGUUUCAGAUUUUACAGAACAUCAGUCUCUCAGUAAACAAACAUCUGUUGACCCAAACUGACAGAACCUGGGUCCAGUUUCUCUCAGGACCAGGUUGAAGAGGUUCUGACAGAACCUGGGUC